AUGACUAUCAUUGCAGUUGCUGGUGGCACAGGACCAGUUGGGCGAACCAUCGUCGACGGUCUGGUUCAACACGGCGGACACAAAGUGUUUGUGCUUUCAAGAACGACUCGUCCGCCCCAAGAUGGAGUCGAAUACCUCGCGGUCAAUUACCCGGACAUUGAGGGAACCGCCAAGAUUUUGGAGACCAACAAAAUCGACACAGUCAUUAGCGCUAUGGGUGUAGUCACAGCAGAGAUCAGCGUAUCCCAGGUUCAGCUGGUUAAAGCCGCUGACAGAUCAAGCACGACCAAGCGGUUCGUAGUCAGUGCUUAUGACAUGCUGCACAAGCGAGAACAUAUUGAGGACAGCCCUCUUGCCAAGUUCGUCUUUGAGGCAAUUGAUGAGCUGGAUCGCACCAAUCUGGAGUACACUCGGGUAGUCAACGGCUUCUUCUUGGACUACUUCGGCAUGCCGCACUGGAAGACGUACAUGCACCUUUGGGUCAACAUGGUGAAUGUGGAGAAGAAGUGGGCUGUCAUUCCCGGAGACGGCUCUGCAAAGGUCAACUUCAUCGCCUCGCAGGACAUGGCCAAGUUCAUCGCUCGCCUGAUGGACCUGGACAAGUGGGAUAAAAUCAGCAGCAUUAUCGCGGAGACGCGGUCGAUAUCCGAGAUCCUUGAGAUUUCCGAGAAAGCACGAGGUAUGUCCGCUUCUAAGAACCGUCUGAACGCCUAG